GUCCUGUACCACCAAGGUUCAGAUUUGCUAGAAUAAAGGAUGGGGUUAUGGAGACUUACUAUCCUGCAAAGACCAGAUUGACCUACGUCUGUCGCCCAGGUUAUGACACCAUCCCUGGGAUCGAUUCUGUUAUUACUUGCCUUGAUAAUUACACCUGGACAGCGCUCCCAGUUUUUUGUGAAGGAAAAUCAUGUGGCGAUCCAGGAAAACCGGAACAUGGUGAAGUUGUUGUUCUAACUAAUCUCCUGUAUUCGGCAAGUGUAAAUUUCAUCUGUGACGAAGGGUACAGAUUAAUUGGAUCACCUUCUACCAAGUGUGUACUGAAGGGAGACAGUGUUGAAUGGCAAACAAAGCCUCCAGAAUGCCAACGAAAAUCAUGUGGCGAUCCAGGAAAACCGGAACAUGGUGAAGUUGUUGUUCUAACUAAUCUCCUGUAUUCGGCAAGUGUAAAUUUCAUCUGUGACGAAGGGUACAGAUUAAUUGGAUCACCUUCUACCAAGUGUGUACUGAAGGGAGACAGUGUUGAAUGGCAAACAAAGCCUCCAGAAUGCCAACAAAUCAUUUGUUUCUCUCCUCCUAAUGUCACUAAUGCAUCACACGAUGGAAAUAGUACUGGAAAUUUUACUUAUAACUCAACAGUAACAUAUCAUUGUGACCCUGGCUUUUUGAUUAUCGGAGAGUCUUCUAUUCAUUGUACGACUGAAAAUAAUUUAACUGGAGUCUGGAGAGGUUACACUCCUGAAUGUAAAGCCAUUACAACGCCCGUACUUCUCACUAAAAGGCCAACUGAAAAAGAAGAUAAUUUCACAGCCAUUACAACACCCGUACUUCUCACUAAAAGGCCAACUGAAAAAGAAGAUAAUUUCACAGGACUACAGCUUGGAGACAUGAUUGGUAUCAUAGCUCCAGUUUUGGUUGUUCUUUGCACUGCUGUCAUUGUUGGCUUCAUUCUGUGGCAAAAGAAAAAAAGAUCUUAUGAUUUGAAUCAAGAAGCCACCAAGUUUGAAGGAAGGAAGGAAGGAGGCGCAGCGGGUGACGUCACCCGGGCGCGCCACACCCACUCUGAAGCAGAGACUCCCGCGGAGGAGUCCCUUUUGGCCAGGGCGCUUUCCCGGAAGAGCAGCAUGGGCGGCGCCUUCCUGGCACUCGGUUUCGCAGGCCCCGCCCGGCUGUCGCUGAGCCGCUCUCGGACGAAAGUGGAGGAGGAGGAGAAGGGGGGAGCUGAAGCCAUGGAGGGCCCGGCCUGGUCGCUGCUUUUGUUGCCGCUCCUCCUCCUGUCAGGAGCUCACGGGGACUGCUCUGCUCCUCCAGCGCAGCUCCAUGCUACUUUGACGACUGAAGAACUGGACUCCUACCCUGUUGGGACUACCGUGAGGUAUAGGUGUAUCCCUGGUUAUCAAUAUAUAAGUGGAGCAAACCCUACUAUUAAGUGUCUCGAAAGUUCAGAAUGGUCAACCACUCCUACAUUUUGUGAAGAAAGAAGUUGUAGGCCUCCAACUGUGGAGAAUGGCGGAAUAAGAGGUGACCUUCAGCUUGGUGCAACUAUAACCUAUUUCUGUGACCCAGGGUACAAACCAGUUGGACCGACGACUGCUCGUUGUAUUGUGUUUGAAGGCAGUGUUCGGUGGGAUACAGACCCUCCAUUGUGUGACAGAAUCCAGUGUGAACGUCCUCCCGUUAUUGACAAUGGAAGCCACAAUUUAGACGGACAUGAUGUUUAUACUGUUGGCACCGUGAUAACGUACACUUGUGAUGGAAGCCUUUCCCUCAUUGGAAAUUUAAGUAUUACCUGUGUAGUUGAAAAAGAUACCGAAAAUGGAAUAUGGGAUAGCCCUGCACCUAAGUGUAAAGCUGUUGAGUGCAGCAGACCACAAAUUGAAAAUGGAAGGCUAACAAGUGCGUUUCAGCCUACGUACAAGUAUAACCAGAGACUGCAGUUUGUAUGCAACGAUGGCUACACUCUGCAGGGACCUGAGUUUGUUACAUGCAAUUCUGACAGUGAAUGGAGUCCUGAACUUCCAAAGUGUUACAUAGAGCCAGAAAAGACAACCAUAAGACCAGGCCCAGGCACAACAACAACAGAAACCAUUACCAAAGAAACCAAGGUUUACAUUACCAAAGAAACUGGAUCUACACAGCGUCCAGAUCCUGGAGAUAAACCGGGUGAAGAUAAACCAGGAAGUAACACAAUUGUGGGAAUUGUCAUUGGAGUUUUAGCUGCUGUUAUAGUUGUGGUUGCUGGAUUUGUUCUAUAUAGCAAAAAACUACUUUGCUUUAAAAAGGGGCAAAGUGAUACCCCUCCUAGUCCUUCAAAAUCUUACCAUGCAGUAUCACGUAAAGAGGUAGAAAUGGAAGAAAAAUGAAGCUAUCAGGCCCUGGAUGUGCUUGCACUGGAUUUCUGCCAUAAACUCUUGCACCUGCUGGCUUCCUGCUGAUGAUCAACUGUCAAUUAUUUCCUUGCAAACUGGAAGUGGAAAUUUAAUGAAGAAGUUAUUUUGAAAGUUGUUGACAUUGGCUAUACCGAUUAAGACGUUUGGAGUAUAAAAUAAUGUUUGGACUUAAGAAAGAGCUUGCACUUUUGCGCACAAUGUUUCUGCAUUCAACAGUUCAGCACUUCUCCCCUUGCGGAUUUUUUAAUUAUUAUUUUUGGUAUAAGACUCUAAUGGAGGAUCUUGGAAGGGGGAUGUCUCUCCAUUGAAGAAGUGAUGCUUUAACUUAUCGUAAGUAGAUAAAGAUGUUGCAGUGCAAAUUGCCAUGGGAUUUUGUCAGGAACCAUAGGAGGCUUUCGAUAAUUCAAAUCAAUUCAUUUCUCCCCUCAAGGCUCUAUUCUGUUUACUUCUCUUCAUGAAAAUUAUAGAUUUUUCAAAUCCAUACUUCCUCUGAAUUCUUCAAGAUUUCUCAUGCAGAGCCAUCGAUGAGCCUCUUUGACUUAUCUCUUGUUUUUUAAAAAUAUGUAAAAAAUAUGUCUCAUGUAAAUAAUGUGUUUGUGUGUUUUAAUAAGCAAGAGAGAGAGAGAUGUAUUGUUAGUAAAUGAAGUGUUUUUGUAAGACACAAAUUUCAUUCAGAUGGGGGUGCACUUCCAGACUAAUCUGAAGGAAGUGUGAGUUCUUCCAAUAUAAGCAGCUUGUGCCUUUUUUUACAUUUGUUGUUUUCUCAGCCAUUCCUUCCUCUCUUUUGGCAGGCUUUUUUGACUGCAGUGGCUUAUUAAAAAGGAGAUAAAAUACAAUAAGAUCUUUAUAUCUUAUUGUAUUUUAUCUCAGCAGAAUCUGUAUCUGUGGCUCCAUUGAAGUGCGCCUGAGGAAAAAUUGACACUUUAAGAAUUUGCUAGGUUUUCCUGGUGAUUGUAUGUUGUGUUAGAGCUGUGUGGGAGAAUCUAGAAAAGUUUUAGAUACAAUCUCUCUCUGGGAAUCUCUAGAUCCUCCAGCACUAUUCUAUGAUAUGCUGGGGCUGUUGUUAGCUAAUUUAAUGCUCAGUCAUGGCCACAGUUUCAAGUAACCACAGUCCAGCCAGAACCAUAUUUCCCCAUGGAUACUGAGGUCUUACUGUACUUUUUGUGUCAAAAUGUCUUGGAAUUGAAAAUACACUCAUUAGAUUAAGUAAGGAAGGAAGGAUGGAAGGAAGGAAGACCGGAAGGAAGGAAGACCGGAAGGAAGGAAGACCGGAAGGAAGGAAGGAAGACUGCAACAAAUACUGCAAUUUCCCAACACAGUUACCCCUUAUGGAGAAAUCCUGAGUUAAGCAACCUACUGAAAUCAUGCCAAAAAUAUAUGUAACUGAGCCCAAGCUUGUUAAAUCCAAAAGGGUGUAUUUGGAAGUAAGGUCAAUAUUGCAAUUUUCAUAUUGAAUUGUACAAUAUGUUACAUGAAGGCUAUGCAGAAAGUUAACUGUUUCCCUGAGAGCAUUUGUCAAAAUUAAAUGUGUGUUUAAUAAAACAAA